AUGACAUCUUUCAAUCCCUUAGCCAAUAUCCUAACCCAAAAGAAGCUUGAGGGUCCUAACUAUGUUGAUUGGAAAAGAAAUUUGGACAUUUUGCUUACUGCAGAAGAAUAUAAGUUUGUGCUCAGUGAAGUGUGUCUUGAAAAACCCGGUGAAGGUGCCACUCAAGAUCAAAUUAAGGCUCACCAGAAAUGGGUUAAAGCUGAUGAGAUGGCGCGAUGUUACAUUUUGGCAUCUAUGUCAAAUGUUUUGCAACAUCAGCAUCAGAAAAUGGAUACAGCUUAUGACAUCUUAGAAAAUCUCAAGGAGAUGUUUGGAGACCAAACUAGUGCAGCAAGGCAGAACACACUAAGGGAGAUCCUGACUUCUAAAAUGGAGGAAGGAACUCAAGUAAGAACUCAUGUUUUGAAGAUGAUGAGUCUUCUGAAUGACAUGGAGGUUCUAGGUGCUGAAGUUGACAAGGCUACUCAGAUUGAGAUGGUCUUGAACACUCUGCCUCCCAGUUUUCAGCAGUUUCGUUUGAACUAUAACAUGAAUAAAAUGGAUUUUACUUUGUCUAAACUGCUGAAUGAGCUGGUAGCUGCUCAGACUAUUAUUAAGCAAGGAGCUGCACCUGUUGUGCUUAACAUUGAGCGAGUUUUUUCAUCUGUCCAGAAAAAGGGUAAGAAAAAGAAAAAUGUUAAGCCAAACAACAAUGGUGCUGCUAAUGGUGUAAAUGGUGUUGUGAAAAAGCCGAAAGGUAAGUGUUUUCACUGCAAGCAACCUAGUCACUGGAAGCUACAAUGUCCGACAUGGCUAGCCAAGAAAAAACAAGGGGUUUCAGGAAACACGCCAGCUAAGUAA